ACCCCCGAUUCAGACCAGUGUUUAGAGGAUUUGUACGAUCAAGUACCGGAAUCGCGCAAAUCAGAGAUUAUUCCACUUUGUGGAUACGAUCGGGUCUCUUCAAUCUGCCGUGAAACGUUCCAGAAAAAGGAGGACUGGUUACAAGAUGGAUUUCCGAGAUGUUUUGAUAUUUGUUCGCUUGUUGCCCAACCCGUGCGACUGGUCAUCUGGUUGGCCAGGCGACGCCUUAUUCGUAAUCGAACCGCCUGUCCCCAAUGUCCGAAUCCGAUGUUACUGCGAACCGCCAUGGUUGAUCGGCAUAUUUACAAGUGGGCUUGUCGCCGAUGUGGUCGCAAACUGUCCAUUCGUCACGGGUCCAUGUUUAUCAAAGCUGGCGUGUCCGAUCCAAAUAUAGUGCUGAUUUUGUAUCUCUGGUCGGUAGGCUAUCCGACUGACUUUCUGGGCACAGAAAUUGAAACGUCACUGUCCUCUGUCCGGUGGUACGUGUGGUUAGCGUUGAAAAGCUGUGCAGCGGAGCUGCGACGUGAAUUCAAACCUCUGCAAGGCGUAAUAGAAUUACAGUGGGACUCAUUUCUUCGUCCAACCGAUAAACGUGAAGGUCUGAAUUUGCUUUGUGGAGUUGAACGGAACAGCGGCAAAGUGUUCGCGGUCCGCUGUCCUCGAGGUAAUGACAAAGGUCUCCUUCGACGUCUGAUCCAAAACAAUAUAGCGCCCGGCUCGUCCAUUAUCACUCGUGAUAUUCCCGUCUACUCCCAAAUGAACCUGCAAUCGCUGGGAUACUUGCACUACGUGCUGGACCGUGAGCAUGAGAUCGCUCUGGACAAUUUGGUAAUCGAUUUGUCUCUAGUGGAAGAUUUUGUAAACACAAUCAAGUCGUUUUUGCGCAAACAGGGAGGUCCUGGACUAUUCUGUAAAGAGAUUUUUCUGGCUGAGAUGAUUGUUCGGCGGACGUGGGGUAAAAAUCUGUUACCCAUGGUUUUGUAUUCUAUUUCGCAAGCAUAUGACAUCUCAUAA